AUGGCGUCCAGCAACAACAACAGCACCAACACCCCCACAAACCCUAACCAGCACCAGCUCCGAACCCUAGCCAACUCCCGCCUCGGGAACCCUAAGCUUCCCUCCCCUCCCUCAGCCCAACUCUCUCACCUCCGCCCCCCCUCAGCCGCGAGUCGCCUCCGCUUUCCAGACCCUAAGCCCCCCCGGCCCGCCCGCAGCCCUCCCAGUCCACCCGGCCUCCCGGCCGCCGACGCAGCCUCCUCCUCUUCAAGGCCGCAAGAGCUCACCCGCUCCGCCGGCGCCCGCGCAAGAAGGCGGAAGGCUGCCCCGAGAAGGCAGAUCCGCCGACCGGGUUCGCCCACGCCUCCUGCCCGAAUCCGGCAUCUCUACCCAGCUUCUUCGAGUUCGCAGUCCCGGUCGACGGCCGCCUUGGCGAGGAAGAAGAUCCGAUACUACAGGAGUUCGCUGAAGACCCCGCCGACGCUGCAGAGACCGCUGAGGGGUUUUACGGUGUUGCGAAACACGUUCGUGAAUCAGGGAGAAGGGCGGUGGCCGGAGGCGGAAGGCAACGCGGAGCCGCCGUCUUGGUCGUUGAAGAUCAUUGGCCGGAUUUUGGAGGACGGGGUUGACAGUGAUCCGGCGACUGCAGUGCCUAAACCUAACCCGAUGUAUCCGAAGUUCUCGUCUUUUUUCAGAAGAGUUACGAUCUCGCUGGACCCAGCGCUUUAUCCGGAGAACCCGACUAUAAUUUGGGAGAAUUCGAGGUCUCCUGCUCCGUUGGAGGGGUUUGAGAUCAAGAGGAAAGGAGAUAAAGAGUUUAGUGUGGGCAUAAAGUUGGAAAUGAACUAUAAUCCAGAGAAAUUUAAGUUGUCUACGGCGUUAAUGGAGCUUUUAGGGAUUGAAGUUGAUACUAGAGCUAGAAUCAUUGCAGGGAUUUGGCAUUAUGUUAAGGCGAAGAAGCUGCAGAAUCCAAGCGACCCAACUUUUUUCGCUUGUGACCCUCCUUUGAAAAAGGUGUUUGGAGAUGAUAAAAUGAAGUUCUCGUUGGUUUCGCAAAAGAUUUCGCAGCAUUUGACGCCGCCACAGCCGAUAUUGUUGGAGCAUAGGAUUAGGCUAACGGGCAAUGGGGCAGUUGGAAAUGCUUGUUAUGAUGUACUUGUUGAUGUUCCUUUCCCGUUACAGAAAGAGAUGGCGAUGUUUCUUUCUAAUACCGAGAAGCACAAGGAUAUUGAGGCUUGUGAUGAGGUCAUAUGUGCUUCGAUUAAGAAGAUUCAUGAGCAUCGGAGGAGGAGGGCGUUCUUUCUAGGGUUCAGUCAGUCGCCCGUUGAGUUUAUAAAUGCUUUGAUCGCUUCCCAGAGUAAGGAUUUGAAAAGCUUGGGGUUGCUAGGGGAGGCAAGCGGCAAUGGCUGAAAAGGAAGGGGGCGCGGUCUGAUUUUCUAUAACCAACCUUGGGUUGAGGAUGCUGUUAUCCGUUACCUAAACCGUAAACCAGCAGGGGCUGCUGAUGCACCUGGCAGCACAUGAGUAGGAUUUCUGUUGAUCUUUUAGAAGCAGUAAAGUUUCGAUGUUUAUUUCCUCGUUGAGUUCCAGAAAAGGUGAAUUAAUUAUCCAUUGUUCUUCGUUAUAUAUUUAGAACUUUUUUUUGGGCUUUUAGAUGUAGUCAAUGUAACUGUCAGCUAUCUGCAUCUCAAAUGCUUGCAAAUCUGUUUUCUAGAUUUGCAUUUGUUGUAACCAGAUAUGUUUUCAUCUUUUUGCUUAACUAUUGGGUGAACUGUGAGACAGCCAUGUCUCAUGAUCUUUUCUAUGGAAAUUGAAUGUAUGCAAAUAGCGAAGGAUAUGGCAUGUAAUGAACAUAAAUUUCAUUGUUGUGAAAUGUGUUUUACUUUUAUA